AGACAGGGAGUCAGCAGAGUCUCCGGCCUCUCAGUACGUGUGCGUAGGCGUCAUUGGGCUGUUUGGCGGUUACGCAGCGGAGUCAGCGUUGGGGGGUUUGAGAAUUGGUGGUGCAGCGGGAGUAGUAACUGAAGCACCACCACUACUGGUGAGGGAGGGGUCAUUUCGCUCCUUGCCGCCGCAGCUGAGUGGGAAGAACGUAAGGAAGAACAGCCACAGCCGCCACCAGCAUCAUGGUAGCUCAACAGAAGAAUCUUGAAGGAUAUGUGGGGUUUGCAAAUCUCCCCAAUCAAGUUUAUAGAAAAUCUGUCAAGAGAGGAUUUGAAUUCACACUUAUGGUAGUAGGUGAAUCUGGAUUGGGAAAAUCAACAUUAAUCAACUCAUUAUUCCUGACAGACCUGUAUUCUCCAGAAUACCCAGGACCUUCACAUAGGAUUAAAAAGACUGUACAGGUUGAACAGUCUAAGGUUCUAGUUAAAGAAGGCGGUGUACAGUUGCUACUAACAAUAGUUGAUACGCCAGGAUUUGGUGAUGCAGUGGAUAAUAGCAAUUGCUGGCAGCCCGUUAUUGAUUACAUUGACAGUAAAUUUGAAGACUAUCUUAAUGCAGAAUCACGUGUGAACAGACGACAGAUGCCAGAUAACAGGGUCCAGUGUUGCUUGUAUUUCAUUGCUCCUUCAGGACAUGGGCUUAAGCCUUUGGAUAUUGAGUUUAUGAAACGCCUGCAUGAAAAAGUGAACAUAAUUCCGCUCAUUGCCAAGGCUGACACACUCACACCUGAAGAAUGCCAACAGUUUAAAAAACAGAUAAUGAAAGAAAUCCAAGAGCACAAAAUUAAAAUAUAUGAAUUCCCAGAAACAGAUGAUGAAGAAGAAAAUAAGAUUGUUAAAAAGAUUAAGGACCGUUUACCUCUUGCGGUAGUAGGUAGCAAUACUAUUAUUGAGGUCAACGGGAAGAGAGUUAGGGGAAGACAGUAUCCUUGGGGUGUUGCAGAAGUUGAGAAUGGCGAACACUGUGACUUCACAAUUCUAAGGAACAUGUUGAUAAGAACUCACAUGCAAGAUCUGAAAGAUGUCACUAAUAAUGUCCAUUAUGAGAAUUACAGAAGCAGAAAAUUGGCAGCUGUAACAUACAAUGGAGUUGAUAACAACAAAAACAAAGGGCAGUUAACAAAAUUUGACACAGUUGAAGGCAUGAGCCCUCUGGCACAAAUGGAAGAAGAAAGGCGGGAGCAUGUGGCAAAAAUGAAGAAAAUGGAAAUGGAAAUGGAGCAGGUAUUUGAAAUGAAGGUCAAAGAAAAGGUUCAGAAACUGAAAGACUCUGAAGCUGAGCUUCAGCGACGUCAUGAGCAGAUGAAAAAGAAUUUGGAGGCCCAACACAAAGAACUGGAGGAAAAAAGACGUCAGUUUGAAGAUGAAAAGUCAAAUUGGGAAACUCAACAACGUAUAUUGGAACAACAGAAUUCUUCAAGAACUUUGGAAAAAAACAAAAAGAAAGGGAAGAUAUUUUAAAGAUAUUUGCAGACCACCAGUUAUGUUUAAUUGCCAAUAUUCUACCCUUGGACAUCAGUGUGUCUUGGAUCUGUUUGACCAAUCUUGCACCGGUUGUAUCCAUAUGUUUGGAUUUAUCAGCAUGACAAGUUUUUGUGUUAAUUUUGAUGGCAUUUGAGAAUGCCUUGAAUUGUUUAGAAUGUUGUAAGCUUAGGAAAACAGCUCUAAGUACUUUUUUUUUUUUUACAAAAUACAAAAAAAGAUAAAUCAUUUAAAUGUAAAGAAAUUUUCUGUUGUACAAUCAUAUUCUGGUGGUUUGAUUUGUUUACAGAAUAUUCCAAUAUAUAAGGAUUUGGGAAAAUUUUCCAUAAGGAUACAUUGCCAUAAUAUAAUAUGAACUAUGCGUCUAUUAUAUAAAAUUCCAUUCAGUAGGUCAUAUAUAACAAUGUAAUCUAGUCUAACACAGUUGACCCUAUUUUUGACACUUCCAUUGUUUUAAAAAUAGACAUGGAAAGACAAACUUAUAGGCUUAUGGGGCACCUAAAAGCUUUUUAUAACAAUCUUUUGUUUGUUUGGGAUUUGUUAAAUGUAUGCUAUUCUCAUUUAGUAAUUGCUUUAGCCCGAUGGAUUUCAUUACUGCUUCAUUUUUGUAAUAACAUAUAAUUUAGAUAUAUUUCCAUGUAUGGGCCCUGCUACAUAGAAUGUAGGUUUUUUUUUCAUAUGAUAGGAACCAGUGAAUAAAACAUUUUCUUUAAUUCUUCUUUUACAUAUUAUGGUAAGUAGCAGGAAAAUGCAUUUAUAAGUCAUUUCUAGAAAACUGUGUGGAUUUAAGCACCAUCUGUUUCUAUCUGCGUGCAGUCAGUCUUCUAGAAAUGAGAAUCAUGGCCUUUUGAGAAAAGUCACCAUUCUACAUUUAGCUGUAUUCAUAUACUGCAUUUCUGUAUUUUUGUUGUAUUGUAAAAAGUCACAUAAUAAACAAUGUUGUGAUGUAACA